UUUUCUAUUGUGCACAGAGCUUUUAAAUAUAUCACACGUCUCAGAGUGCUUCAUUUUCUGAUUCAUCGAUCUUCCUAAGUACGAUGAAGCUUUUCUUACUCACCAUUGGCAUUGUGCUCUUUGCUGAUUACGGGGAGAGUAAAACCCCCAAACAGCCCAAUAUUGUCAUGAUAUUGGCUGAUGAUAUGGGAUACCAAGACGUUGGGUUUAGAGGAUCUAACAUUCUAACACCCAACAUUGACAAGUUCGCAAAACAGGGAGUUAUUCUUGAGAACCACUACGUGAUGCCCCAGUGUUCACCAACAAGAGCAUCCCUUAUGUCAGGCCGCUAUGCUAUGAGGACUGGGUUCUGGAAGGGCAACAUAAUACCCAACGAGGAGUGGGGCCUGAGACUGAACGAAACCCUUCUGCCAGAGAUGCUGAAGAGGAAUGGAUAUGCAACACAUGGGAUAGGAAAGUGGCACGCUGGUAUGUACACUUGGGAUCAUACUCCAGCCAAAAGAGGUUUUGAUACUUUCUUUGGGCUCUACCUCGGAGCUCAAGGAUACCGCAGCCACAAAAGAUCAGGUCAUGUAGACCUGAGAGAGGAUUACCACGACAAGGAUGGUAAAUUUGUUGAUGACAUUAAAUUUGACUUGGAAGGGAAGUAUAGCACCUAUCUCUACACAGAUAGAGCUGUGGAGAAGAUUGAAACAAGGGACAAGACAAAGCCUCUCUUCUUGUAUCUAUCCUACACUGCACCACAUUCUCCAAAUGAUGCCCCUGAUGACGAAGUCAAAAGGUUUGCCUCACAAAUUCCUAGCAGCCCAAAACAGAGAAGGAAAUAUGCAACACAGAUCUCCAUUAUGGAUGAAGGUAUUGGUAAGGUGAUGAAGACUCUAGAAAACGAGAACAUGCUAGAUAACACUAUAAUUGUGUUCACAGCAGACAACGGUGCUUUCUACGGAAAAAAAGGCAGUAACUUCCCACUGAGAGGUGGAAAGCUGUCUCUGUUCGAGGGAGGAGUAAGGGCAGUCUCAUUCAUAAAUAGUCCUCUUCUUAAUACGACUGGUUAUACUAACACCAACCUUCAUCACGUGACAGAUUGGUAUGCAACAUUCCAGAAAAUGGCGGGAGAUCAGCCCGAGAAAUACAGUAAACCACAGUUACCUUUAGAUGGGGUGGAUAUCUGGGAAUCUGUCAGCAACAACAAACCUUGCAGAGAUGAAGUGCUCAUGAACCUUCGAGAUCACAAAAUGAUCCAGGACUCUUCAGAACAUGAAUUCCUUGUAAAGAGGGAUGAAUUUGACUUAGAGGAAGAUUUCGGAGAGCUUGGGGACGAUGAAUUUCCUGAUGAUGAUGCAUGUGAUUUCUUUGUAAUCAGAUGGAAAGACUGGAAACUAUUUAAAGGAACAUACAAGGUUCAGGACUGGACAAAUAAGAACAGUCUCUCAGAUGCUAAGUUUGACCGCAGCGAGGAUGUACUGACAGGAGGUGGAGGGACUGGGUCUGGAAUCAAACUCUUUGAUUUGUCCAAAGAUCCUAGGGAAGAGCACAACGUUGCAGACAAGCACCCUGAUGUUGUGAAAAGCAUCUUGGAGAAGCUACCAGGAUAUAUGAAGAAUAUGACUAAGAUCAAUAAAAGAACAAGGUCUAAGGAGGGAAUGAAAGGUAAUGCAUGGGUUCCGUGGGUGGAAAAUAAAAAAUGAUUAAAGACAGAUUUUUCUAGCAUGCUCGCAAAAACAGUUUUAGGUAGAAUGAUUGAAUGAUUUAUUGAGCAGAAA